AUGAACAACCAAGGAAGAAAACGUACUGUUUUGAUGUUCCCAUGGUUAGGCCAUGGUCACAUUUCUCCUUUCCUAGAACUAGCCAAGAAACUAAAUAACACAAACCUUUUCAACAUCUACCUUUGUUCAACUCCUGCUAACCUCGAUUCCGUUAAGAAAACAUUAACGAACGAGUGCGGUUUAUCCUUGGUUCAACUCAUAGAACUUCACCUUCCCACAUUACCCGAGCUUCCACCACACCUUCACACCACUAAUGGCCUCCCUAUCCAUCUUAUGCCUACUCUCAAACAAGCUUUUGACAUGGCAAGCCCCGGGUUUUCACAAAUCUUGAAAACCCUAAUGCCCGAUUUGCUCAUUUACGACAUUCUACAACCAUGGGCUCCGCAGGCGGCUGCAGCCCUUGGAAUCCCUGCCGUGGUCUUCAUCACCACUAGUGUCGCGGCUGCCAAUAAUACCUAUCAUGUUGAGUGCACGGAAGAUAACCGAAAAGAUAUAGAGCGUGUGCUUGAAUGUUAUCACAAUUCGUCAAGCAUCAUUCUUGUCAAAUCGUUUAAGGAGAUCGAAGGUAAGUAUGCCGAUUAUUUUUCUAUUUUGAGUGGUAAAAGAGUCGUGCCAGUGGGUCCACUGGUGGUGGUCCCACCAGUGGACAUGAAACAAAAUAGUGUGAUCGAGUGGCUUGACAAAAAAACCGCUAGAUCCACUGUUUUUGUUUCUUUUGGGAGUGAGUAUUUUCUGUCUAGUGCUGAUUUGGAAGAAAUAGCAUAUGGGUUAGAAAUGAGCAAUAUGAAUUUCAUUUGGGUUUUAAGGUUUCCAAAGGGGCAAAAAGAAAUAAAGGUUUGGGAUGCAUUGCCAUUAGGGUUUCUUGAAAGGGUAAAAAAUAGGGGUUUAUUGGUUGAAGGGUGGGCUCCACAAACAAGAAUAUUAGGGCACAAAAACAUUGGUGGAUUUGUGAGUCAUUGUGGUUGGAGUUCGGUAAUGGAAGCUAUGAAGUUUGGUGUUCCAAUAAUAGCCAUGCCCAUGCAGUUUGACCAGCCGGUCAACGCUCGGUUGGUGGUGGAGGUUGGGGUGGGCGUGGAGGCAAUGAGGGAUGGUAACGGGCGGCUCAUGCGGGAGAAUGUGGCCGCGGUUGUGCAAAAUGUGAUGGUGAGUAAGUUAGGGGAAGCUGUGAGGGAAAAAACUAAGAAGAUGAGUGUUGCAUUGAGGGUGAAAGGAGAGGAGGAGAUUGAUGCGGCGGUGGAGGAGCUACGGCAAUUAUGCAAAACUGGCAGCGGCGGUGACCUCCAUGAAGAAGAAGAACAAGAAGGAGAAGAAGAUUCAAUAGAUGAAAGGGCUGAAAGGUUUAUCAAAAGGACUUAUGAAGAGAUGAGAAUGCAAGGGUAG